AUGUCCCUUCUACGCGAAGCGGAGAAGUGCAUAGCCAAUCAACAUGCUCAUGGCCUCAACGCCUUCAUAACACCAUUACCGCGCGCGGGACAAUGGCUGGAUCGCGUGAAGGAGGCAGACCGGCGUCGCGAGCAAGGUAAACCCAGAUCCAUCCUUGAUGGUCGUCUGAUAGCGAUCAAAGAUAAUAUAUGCACACGUGAACUCCCGACCACCUGCGCCUCUGGCAUUCUAGACAGGUUCGCUAGCCCAUUCAACGCGACCGUUGUUGAUCAAUUGGAGGAUGCCGGAGCUAUCGUGGCUGGAAAGACCAACCUAGAUGAGUUUGGGAUGGGAUCACACUCAACCAACUCGCGCUUUGGGCUGGUUAAGAACCCACGGCGUGACAAGGAUGGUCAAGAUCUUUCUGCCGGCGGGAGUUCAGGUGGGAGCGCAGCGGCGGUUGCGGCCGAUCAAUGCUAUGUCGCGCUUGGAACAGAUACUGGAGGCUCUGUCAGACUUCCAGCGGCAUACACCGGAACAGUUGGGUUUAAGCCAUCGUAUGGUCUGAUCUCCCGGUGGGGUGUCGUCGCCUAUGCCAACUCUUUGGACACUGUUGGGGUGCUGGGGAAGAACACUUCUAAUGUUCGAGAUGUAUUCUCCAUCCUUAAUUCUUAUGAUGAACGUGAUCCGACUAGCGUUUCCACACUCUCAAGAUCGCGCAUCACCUCACACUACCAAACACCACGGCUUUCAUCUCGAUUGACUUCCACUCCCCUCCGAAUCGGAGUGCCGUUGGAAUAUAACAUUUUAGAACUAGCCCCGUCAGUGCGGCAAGCCUGGCUGAUGUCCCUGGCACAUUUGCAAGAACAAGGCCAUACAAUCCACCCCGUUUCUUUACCAGCCACUAAACAUGCGCUGUCCGCAUAUUACGUUCUUGCCCCAGCCGAGGCGUCCUCGAACCUGGCCAAAUAUGACGGCGUGCGUUACGGCACUCGUGAUAAUGGGCCAGACAAUGAGGGAUCCUCUGAAAGCUACCUUUACUCAAAUACGCGUGGACAUGGAUUUGGGCCAGAGGUGCAGCGUCGGAUCCUUCUAGGAACUUUCAGUCUGAGCGCCGAUGCCAUGGACAAUUAUUUCAUCCAGGCGCAACGAGUACGCCGACUGGUCCAACAAGAUUUUGAUUCUGUAUUCAAGGCCAACAAUCCCUUUGCUACCACUAAUGAUCUGGGUGCAGGCCAUCCCGAAUCAGAUGAUAAAGUGGAUGUUCUCGUGUGUCCUACAGCACCAUCCCCUCCACCCCGGAUUUCGGAUAUCACAGGUACCUCUGCUGGCUCAGCGCCUUUGAAUGCCUAUGUCAAUGACGUGUUUACUGUCCCCGCCAGCCUGGCAGGUCUGCCUGCUAUCUCGGUCCCAGUCACUGUGACUGGUUCCAACGAGCACUCCGACAUGGACGAGGUGACUGGCAUUCAAGUGGUAGGUCAGUACGGAGAUGAUGAGCUGGUGAUGAAAGUUGGAGAAUUACUCGAAGGUCGCCGGUUUGCGGGCUCCUCAUAG